GAUCCAUGUAAUGGGAGAUUUCGGCUGUUGGAUCUGGCUUGGAUAUCUUCUCUUGCCCGUCUUGGUCCUGGGUACUCAGGACAACGGGAAGGUGAUUCACAUCAACAAGAUCCACCACCACCCGCUCCGGGUCGGCCUUGCGGAGCCCGUGGCUCUUCCUUGCCUCUUCCUCUUGCAACCGUCCGCCUCCCUUGGGCCCAAUGCGCCGUCCGACCCGCCGCGCAUCAAGUGGAGCAAAGUGCAGUCGGCCACAGGGCAGCCGGAGGACGUCUCCGUCCUGGUGGCCAAGGAUAACGUGGUGAAGAUCUCCAAGGGCUACGAAGGAAGGAUCUCACUGCCGGGAUAUCCCCACCGCCGCUACAAUGCCACCCUUUUGCUUUCGGCCGCCCGGGCCAGCGACGCUGGGCUUUAUCGCUGCGAGGUAGUGGCCGGGAUCCAUGACGAACAAGAUUUGGUGCCUCUGGAAGUCACAGGUGUGGUUUUCCACUACCGGGCUGCCAGCAACCGCUACGCACUGACCUUCUCGGAAGCGCAGACGGCCUGCGAGGAGAACUCCGCCGUCAUCGCCUCCCCAGCCCACCUCCAAGUGGCGUUUGAGGACGGGUUCGACAACUGCGAUGCGGGAUGGCUCUCCGACCGCACUGUCAGGUAUCCCAUCACCCUUUCGAGGCCUGGCUGCUACGGAGACCGCAACAGCCUCCCGGGAGUCCGGAGCUAUGGCGAAAGGGAUGCCGAAGAAGCGUACGACGUCUAUUGCUACUCGAAGGAGCUUCAAGGAAAGGUAUUUUAUGCCUCCAGCCCCGGCCAGCUGACGUUUCCGAUGGCCCAAAAGUACUGCCUGAGCCGCGGGGCUCAGCUGGCUACCACGGGACAACUGUACCUCGCCUGGAGGGAAGGGUUGGAUCAGUGCGACCCGGGCUGGCUCGCCGACGGAAGCGUCCGUUAUCCGAUCCGGAUGCCCCGGAAGAAGUGCGGCGGGGAGGAGCCCGGGGUGAGGACCGCCUACCAGUUCCCGAACCGGACAGGUUUCCCGGAUCCGGCAUCAAAGUUCGAUGCCUACUGCUACAAAGCCCGUCAGCCGGCCAAGAAACCAGGUGGGGUGGCAUUAGGGGAAGGCCACGGGGCAGUGGUCCACAAGCCCGCGGAUCAGGACUCGGAGGGAAGCCACAAUUCGGGGAUCGAGAACAUCCUGGUGGAACACGAGGCCGAGCUGCCGUUGCUGACUCAGAACGACCUUUUCCCCAAGGAGAAUGACGAGUUGGUCAUGUCGGGAGAUACCAGAGAGUUCCCCCGGGACCCAUACAGCCCCUUACACAAGGCGUCCGUGCCACUGCUGGAAGAGGACGAGCAGCUCCAAUUAGUGACAGAAAUGUGGGAGGAGAGCAGAACAGCGCCGAAGAUACCUCUUCCGGAUGGGGAUGAUAAAGGCGGUUCUCCGGAACCACCCAGCGUCUCUUUCCCGGGCAACCCGGACGAAGAACAGCAGUUCAGUAGGGGCGACCUAAUGCCAACCGACCACCCCAAGGAUAGUGACGGCAGUGAAAUCAGCAUCACCGAAGAGUCGGCUAACGCUGGCCAAACUUUAGGCAUAUCCCCUUCUGUGGAAGGCUCCGAAGAUGACUUUCCACCCGAAGCGGUCACCCAUCCCGUCUCCCCAACCUGGCUGCAUGGGACCCCUCGUAGGUUGAUUCCCCAAGAGACUGUGUCUCCCGGCCCACCGCAGCCCUCCCAUACCCACAUCCCGAAGGGGCGUGCCGUGAGCCCCACUUCAGCCCUUGACGUGACUCACUCCGCUUCAACCGUGGCCACGUCUGCUGGAAUACCCGAGUCGACCCGGAAGACCGUUUACACGGGAUUGAACGGGCGCUAUUUCCAGCGAUGGCGAGAGGAAGAUACGGGCCGUGACGGGGAAGCCGAAGGGAGUACAGCGUUGCCCGCGGCACAGCCGGUCUUAGCUUUGGCGGUGCACAAAAUGGCAGACAAUUCCAUCGAGGCCUCGGCGAGGGUGGAUCCCAGCCCUGCCUCUGCCCUCGGAGGCGGCGUGAGCUACGCGCUCUCUAACGAAGUGGAAGAGAACCGCGAUCAGCGUUUGACCCGACCUGACCAAAGCUGGCGGCUGAAGGCCGACUCCCUGGUCGCCAUAGAAACCACCUCCGUGGUACCCGCACGUCCCAACCCAGCCGGUGGCUCCCAAGUUCAUUUGAAAACCUAUCAGGCACAGACGCUCUCAGGGUUACCAGCGCCUGAGAAUCGAGGCCACCAAGAGAUAACUUUAUCUCCCGUUUCUUGGCUUUGGAAAGACGCCAGCGUUGAAAAAACAAGCCAAAGCCACCAUACCCCGUCUACGCCAGAAAGCCAGGAGGGGACCACUCACGAAGUGCCUCCUCACACAUCAACACCAACCGUGUCCAACGGGAUGCUUUGGCCUCCAGAGGUUGCCGUGACAACAGGAGGGACCAGCAUCCGAGGGGACUACCCGCAGGGGAUGACACAGGCCGGGGACAACAGGGACGGUUUCUCAGGCAACGGGGACGUGACUCCAAUGAUGCCGCACGUCCCCCACGCCGACGAGGCGAGCGGGGAGACCGACGACACCUCUCGAGAGAGCCAGGCCGAGGCUGUGAGCUUCAUGCGGGAGCUCCCGGAGCCUAGUCUGACGGCCGAACAAAACCCGCCGGGGGUUGCUCCGGGACAAAUGGAGCCGUACGCCCCGCAUUUGACGAAGACGAGCGCCCCCGACGGGGCAGGAGAAGACGGAGUCUUGAAGCAGGGCAGCCGACAUCUGGAGGGGUUGGCUGAGUUGAGGGGGCGGGGAGCCGUCACCCUCUCGCCCGAGGACGUCCCCUGCCCGACGGCAGGCGACACCCCCCUGCAAACGGCACGGCUCCUCUCCAGAGAAAACGGUCCAUGGUUGGCGGUUGACAUCGGUGGCCACGAUGGCGAGGAGUCUGCCCAGACUGCCCCUGAGGAAAAAGCAAGUCUAGCGCCCGUGGAUAGCUCUGCACCGACUGAAGUCCUGGAGCGGCCAGAGACGCAAGGCGGCUGGGAGGUGGUCACAAUCAGCCACAAUCGCCGCGGGGAGACCCCGCUCCCUGAAGGUAUCAGCACAGCGGGAGGCGGCCCCUGGCAAGCCGGAAGCACACCUGGGCUACCCGUCAGCAGCGCAGCGGACGGUUUAUCAUCUCCUUGGGCUAUUCCACUCAAGGUGAUGAACGAAGAGGAGCCAACGCCAGGGAGGAAGCCCGGAGAGGGGUCUUCCUUGCCCCCCCAAAGCACAUUGGACCCUGUGCAUCUCCAACAUCAGUCCCUGGAGUCCGGCACCUUGAUUCCACCCCCAAGCUCCGCACCCUCCAUCUCUCCCAGCGGGGAUGCCUCGAGGGACGAUGAAGGCUAUCUCUCCACUGUCCCGGGAGGGUUUCUCCCGAUGGAGACCGACAGCGGGAGUGGAGAGGAGAAAGGGGGUGACCCCGGAGUCAGACGGGUGGAAGGCUUGCCUUGGAUGGAGGAGGCCAACGCCAGCUCACUCGCUGAUACGGACCCUUGCGAUAACGAUCCGUGCCUGCACGGCGGGACCUGUCAAUCCAGCGGAAACAUUUCCAGCUGCAACUGCCCGCGAGGCUUCACGGGAGAGAACUGCGAAAUAGAUAUCGAUGACUGCUUGUCCAGCCCAUGCCAGAACGGCGGCACCUGCAUAGACGAGAUCAACGCCUUCGUGUGCCUCUGCCUGCCCAGCUAUGGCGGCAGCUUGUGCGACCGAGACACCGAGGGCUGCGACCACAACUGGCACAAAUUCCAGGGCCACUGCUAUCGCUACUUUGCGCACCGGCGCUCCUGGGAGGACGCGGAGAGGGAUUGCCGCCGACGCUCGGGUCACCUGACCAGCAUCCAUUCGUGGGAGGAGCACAACUUCAUUAACAGCUUUGGGCACGAAAACACUUGGAUCGGCCUCAACGACCGUAUUGUAGAGCAGGAUUUCCAGUGGACCGACAACACAGCGUUGCAGUACGAGAACUGGCGAGAGAACCAGCCGGACAAUUUCUUCGCGGGCGGCGAGGACUGCGUGGUGCUGGUGUCCCACGAGACGGGGAAGUGGAACGACGUGCCGUGCAACUACAACCUGCCGUACGUCUGCAAAAAGGACACGGUGCUGUGUGGUCCUCCCCCCAUGGUGGAAAACGCCUACCCCAUUGGCAAGAAGAAGGAGAAGUACAGCGUUCACUCGACGGUCCGCUACCAGUGCGAGGAAGGCUUCCUGCAACGGCACUUGCCCACCAUCAAGUGCCACGUCAACGGGAUGUGGGACAGGCCCCGGAUCCUCUGCACAAAACCCAGACGCUCCCACAGAACCCGGCGGCACCACCGCCACCGCCACCAGCACCACCAGCACCACCGCCACAAAUCCCGCAAGGACCGGAGGAAACGUCCGAAGCAGCACCCGAAGCGGGACUGGACGGAGGACGACGGCAACUACUUUUAACGGCAGGCCCCCGACGAAAGCACAAGCUCCGCCCCAUUCCCCGUCCCCCCCCAACCCUUCCUGACCUCCCUUUGGCCCA